AGCCGUCUCAGGAUCCAACUCUUCUCAUAAGGGAUUUCUACUAUGCGUUGUCUCAGGCAGAGAAAAUAGUUCAUUCUAUAUGAGCUCGUAACCGUCGGUGAACGAGUUCACCUCCUUACAUCUCCGCUUUUUGGUUCGAAACGCACAUCCUUACUUGUGCACUCCUCGGUCGACCCUCGUCAUCAUCUUUGGCCUCUAUACGCGUCGAAUAUAUCGUUGUAUCCUGACAGGUUGUUAGUUUGAAGCUCUAUUGGCAUUAUUCGCGGCAUCCACUCACGUUCUCGCCGGACAUGGUCGCACCGAAACGUCACUAGCUGUCGAAGAGAGAUCUGAUAAGGCUGGACAUAGCAAGUAGAGAAGAUUGUAUGGAGUAGAGGUUGAGCAGGGCCUUCAGAAGUUGCUCUAGAGGAUGAAUGGCACAAGCACAAAAGAUGGGGAGUAGAGAUCGACGUUUCAUAUACCCUCAUCGUUGCUCCCAGUCUCGUCUCGUGUUCACCGCGUCCAUAAAUUUUGCAUCAUGCCACACCCCUCCCUCGCAUCUUCGACCUCCUCACCCCGAAUAGUGACGUGUCCCGCCAACAUUCAUCCUCCAUACCCAAACAAGGUUCUUCAUCAGUUCCUGGCCCACAGACUCCUCUCCUCUCCACCAGUACACAAUCAGCUCCUCAUAAUCUAUGAGUCUCCGCUUAAACUCUCCAACCCGAGACGCCAGCGGCUCGACGCGCCGACGUCGAUUAUCCCGAACUACGCCGGAGCGAAGUUGACCACAGGAGCAGAGUUCGAGCUCAAAGUUUGCGGAAUGGUGCCAAAUACGAGAGGAGGCGACCUGGAAUUAUUGGGACCGAAAAUUCUCGGCUCUUGCUCUUCGAUGAGGAGGGUUGUUGGUUUUGGAGGAGAUGGGAGCGCGGGGGGAUGAUUUCGCUGGAGCUUGUACGACAGCGCGAGGAGUUAGCUGCUGAAAGGGACAGCGCUGGAUCGAACUCCUCGAAGUUGUAUCUGUUCUGCAGGAAUGACGACAAUGACGGCUCUCGAGUGGAUAAACGCGAAAUAGAGGUAGACGUGGCGACCGCGAUCCAGGAUGGAGAUAAUGGAGGAAGGGGGAUGGGAGGAGGAAAGACUAGAGUUUGUAGAGUGGAUGAUGGUAAGACUAGCCAGAUCGGAACCGUGUGCGUUAGUCGGGCAUGAUGGCAAGUGGGGUAAAGGUGGAUCCUGUAUGGCUGGCGGCGGCCAGGAGAAGAGGAGAGGGAAGGACAUGUGGAUGGAGGCGUGUAGACAGAGAUCGUGGAUGCCGCUGAUGAGAAUCCGACAGUAUAAGAGGAGAAAAGGCCAGUGGCUAAGUGCGGGCGGAGCAGGGUCGGAGGACUAUCGUUGACGUUGUGAGGGAAGGUGAGUUUGCUGAGAAGAAGUCGAAGAACGUAGGAGGAGGUCCAGAGUCGCGAGAGGCAGGAGCUCGGCGAGGAGUAGGAUAGUCCGUG